AUGGCUGGAAGGAGGAGAACCGGUUUCUCCGGCGUGUCGGUCACGACUCUGCUGGCUGUGAUUCUGCUGCCCGCGUUCCUGUCUGCUGGACCAAUUGUGCAAAAGCCGAAAGGAGACGCAGGGGAAAGCAUCCAGGAGAGCGCGGCCGCUCACAGGAAGCUGGUCCGCAACCGCAGGAACAUCAGCUGGUACAAACAGAACUCGGACUUCUGGGGCUGGUACAAGUACUUCACAGAAAACGGCAACCAGGAGGCAGUUCAGGAGAUGGACCGCAUCUACCUGGCCUACCUCCAGAACAAGAACCGGGCUGAGGGACGUCGCUCCUACAAGGCCUACUUGCGUCACCUGGGGGAUGUCUACAAGUCCUGCUCCGAUUCCGAUGACCCCGACUGCGUGUCUUCGUACACCAGCAGGCCCAAACCUACGCCAGAGGCCCCAAAACCUGCACCCGUGAAAACAUGCGACCCCACCAAGGACGCCUACUGCCUGUACGCCGCUUUGGUCCAGGGCAAGAGCCCCUACCUGCCUCUGGCGCUCCCAGCUGCCGCCCCGGCCCCGGCACCGGUGAAGGCCCCGGCGCCCCUGUAUGUCCGCUCCGCUGCUCCAGCCAAGGACCCCCAGUCAGGGUAUUACUACUACUCUCCAUCCGCAGCGUCCUUCCUUUCCAAGGAGCAGAAGGCCGAGCUGCUGCGCAUCUGCUCCUCUGAUGACGUGGAGUGCCUGCAGUACCACUUGAGGGCGGCCCACGGGCAUGCACCAUCUGCCGGACCCCUGCCUUCCUACGCCCACCUUGGCUGCGACCCCAGCAAAGACCCCAGCUGCAAACCCAAACUGGUGCAGAAAGCCUCCUCUGGGCUCUACCUGCAGUACCCCAACUGCGAUCCACUCCGGGAUCCCCUCUGCGCCCACACCGCCUCCCUUGUGGCGCCUCGUGCCCCGAACCCUCCUGCCGCAGCUGGCCCCGGAUCCUGCAACCCUCUUUAUGAAGAAGGCUGCAACCCCCUUACUGCCACCAGAUUUGCCAACCCCCCUAAGGCAUAUCAAAAUGAGAAGGAAGAUGAGGCUGCUGCCCUUCGUGCGGCUCCUUCCGCAGUGCAGAACGACCCCUAUGCGAUGUUCAGGGAUGCUUAUGCGGCGGCUGCCAUGCACCGCCGCGGUCUGCCCGCCGCCAGGCAGCAGUUCCCUUUUCCUAAUCCAAAUUAUGAGGAGCCUACCCAGGAGGAGCGCCACCCUCUGGGUCCCCCAGGUAAAACCAAGGAGGGCUAUGAGUGCUUCGUCGGCUACGAUCGCGAAUGCACCCCCGUGAAGCCCACGGAGCCUCGCUCUGGAGUCCACCGCCGCAUCCCUUACCCCGCCGAGGCCUAUGAGCCCCACCUGAAUGCCGACGGCACCCGCAGCGGAGUCCUGGAGCCUUCCAACCCGCACUGUGACCCGGAGUACGACCGCGACUGCCGCCUGCGCCGCUACGAGCCUCAGCCCGAGGCCCAGCCCGAGCUUUACGCCGAGGAGGACCACAGCCAGGGGGCGGUAGAGAGCGAGCAGCCAGAGCAGCCGGAGCAGGAGCAGUACGAGGCCGAGCCCUACCAGAGCGGCCAGGAGGAGCCUCACAUGUCCUACCAGCCACUCUCACAGGGUAUGCCCAGCCUCCAGGACAUCCUGAGGCGCUACGGAGACCAGUACCCCGAGCAGGAGGAUCACAGAGCCUAUGCAGACGACUAUCGCAAGAAAUAA